GCAUAUUCGCUGGAACCUCAUAGCCGACUCCAAUGCAGCGAAGAUAUUAAAUGUAAUCGCAUGAUGGAGUAUAUGCCAUCAAGGUAGACAUGAAUUGUCGCAGCUGUGUGGUUCUCAGUGAUGAUGCUUGAGUACUUAUUGCUCAAUGACUUCGCAAACUUGUGCAAAGAUCAUUCAUCAUCUCUCGAUCUCUUUUGAUACCCCGAGUGCUUCUAUACCCACCAAACAUGGUCAAGUUUACCCAUCAGCUCUGGGGCGCCUCAGUUCUCCUGCUGCCAUGUUUGGGCAGCGUACAUGGCACUAGUUUACCACUUAAAGAUCGCCAACAAACUGGUUCCUGUGUCAACAAACCACAGAUGCAAGAUUUUGAAUCGGUCGGAGCUUGGUUCGACGACGUCGCGAAGCUCAAUUGCACCUCAGUCUCCAAAGUCCCCAAUGCCUCGAUCGCCAUUGUCGGGGGCGGUGUUUCCGGGCUUACCACCGCUCUCAUGCUAGAUAGCAUAGGUCUUCACAACUGGGAGAUCAUCGAAGCUAGCGAUAGAGUCGGCGGACGCUUCAGGACCAAGUUUGUCGGUGGUACACAGGAAUUUGCAGAGAUGGGCCCGAUGAGAUUGCCGUAUACCGUCACGUAUAAGAGUGAUAACUCUACACAUGAGUAUACGGAGCAUCGCCUGAUUUUCCAGUUGGCCGAGACUCUCAAUUCCAUGAAUGGCAAUGACUCAAAGUGGAAAGUAGACUUUAUCCCGUGGAUUCAACAUCAUCCCAAUGAGCUUAUUGCUUGGGGAACUGGUCGCCAUCCUGACGGCAGCAUCCCAACGAGAACAGACAUUCUCGCAAACUCAAGCCUCGCCAGACCGCCAGCUAUGGUCUCCGCCGAGUAUAACGAAACUAAGCGCCGUAUGAAUGAGAUCCUCAAGAACGAAACUAUGCUCAAAGCCAUUCAGGCCGACGUCUGGCGGUCUCACAAAUUCGUCAUGGGCCAGGGCUACGAUGACUGGAGUGAACAAUGUAUGAUGCGGGAAUCUUUCCAUGCCAGCGAGAACGUAACUGAUGCUAUCUGGACUGCGACGGAUUAUGAUGUCUUCUGGGAUGAAUUGGUGCACAACUCAAACCUAGCAUUGGAUGGGACGAAAGACUCUUUAGGCGAGACAGAGUGGAAGUGCGUUGAUGGAGGCUUCAAUCGACUCACCGAUGCUUUCAUCCCUCACGUUUCCGAUCGUCUGGUUCUCAAUCGCAAGAUCAGAAAGCUCGAACCAGUCAAGAGCAAAGAUGGCCAAACUCGAACAAGACUCUCAUGGUAUCCCAGCGUCAAGAAACGGACGUUCGAGUCGAAAGACUACGACUACACCAUCAUGGCAGUUCCCUUCACAAUGACCCGCUUCAUGGACCUCCCCUCAUUCUCAUCCGUCCUCGGCCGCGCAAUCAGCGAAGCAGGCCUACGCUUCAAAUCCGCCUGCAAAGUCUCCCUCCUCUUCUCCGAACGUUUCUGGGAGAAAGGCGACCGCCCCAUCUUUGGUGGUUACUCCAUUCCUGAGAGUAGACCCAUCGGCGCAUUAUACUAUCCUGUCUACGGACUAAAUGAGUCCCGACCUGGGCUGAUUACACACUACCGUGGUGGAGAUUGGAGUGAUCGCUACGUCAGCUUCUCUGACGAAGAGCACGUCCAGACAGUUCUCGCCGCAAUCGUUAGUCUUCACGGGGAGCAAGCGCGAGAGCUCUAUACGGGUGAUUAUGAACGGUUGUGCUGGUUGCAAGAUGAACAUACUGCGACAUCGUGGUGUCGUCCUGAUGUUGAGCAACACAAUCUGUACAUCCCGGCGUAUCAUCAGACGGAGCACAAUACUAUCUUCAUUGGUGAGCAUACAGCCCCGACGCAGGCUUGGAUUAGCUCAGCUAUAUACUCCGCUGCAAGGGGGACGAUUCAAUUGUUGCUAGAGCUAGGAAUGGUGGAAGAGGCAAAGGAGAUCAAUCGACGUUGGAUGGGAAGAUGGAUUAGGCACGAGGCCAAGCCAUGACUUGAGUAAGCCCUCUAAGCCCUGAUAAAGGGUCAUCUUGCCACAGGGCGGGCAAUACAUCUUUCAGUGCAGAUGUGGAUAGAUACCAAUAUUGCAUAUAGUUGGUGGAGCCACCUAACUAUAGAUUCGAUGCGGAAAGAUAAAGUCCUCCAGCUGCUGAUACGCUUCAUCAAGAUCGUCGUUGACGAUGAUCAUGUCGUGCACUCCAGUCUCUGCAAACUCAAGCUCUAGCUUGGCUUGUUCCAAACGCUGUCAGAUGCUCGCUUCAUUUUCGGUACCGCGGGAUCGAAGUCUGGCUUCGAGUGUUUCUAGACUCGGAGGCUUGAGGAAGAUAUAGCGAGCAACCAAGUCUGAAGACUGUAUCUUCUUGACGCCCUCCAUCUCGAUAUCCAAGAUGGGGGCCAGACCCUCCUUCAUCACCUCAGCCAUGGCUUUCCUGCUCGUGCCAUAGAAGUUGCCGCUGAAAUAAGUGUGCUCGACGAACUCUUUCCGCAUUUUCAUGCUGUGAAACUCUGGCGCGGAGCAGAAGAAGUAGGCGACUCCCUCAACCUCGCCAGGUUGCGGCUGGCGCGUCGUGUGCGAGACAGCGGAUGAGAAGAUGGUUGGGUGAUUGCCCUUCAAUCUUUGUAUUAAUGUACCCUUGCCAACGCCAGAAGGGCCAGAUAUAAUGAUGGGACGAGUGUCGAGCAGUGCUAGAGCAUGUUCAGCAUGAUGAAAGAAAGUAGUAGGGUCAAAGCAGUAGGUACCUGUGCUCAUGUGGUAUGUAAAUGACUCUGAGCCAGAGAAAUCCAUGUUCUCGACGAUAUUCAAGGAUGGAGACAGUUUAGAAGAGAAAUGAGAUUGUCUGUAGAGAGAUGGUGGUGAGUCGUCCGCGAUUGUUCGGAAGCGCAGUCACGUAUAAGUCUAAUAAAUUGGCUCCCUCUAUCGGUCUAUUAGAUGCAUAAAGUUGAGGGUUAAGAGUACUUCAAGCCCUACGGCAAAGUCAAACCUACUCAUCAUGUAUAGACAGUAAACUUUAAUGCCUACACAGCUGCCUAAGACGAUACUUUCUUAUGAAAAUCAGUUAGUUGCUAAACUAUGCAGCCAAAAUAUUCCGCCUCAGUGGUCCCUUUCAUCGCUCAACCAUGCACAUCUCCAACAACCAUCUCGUAGCUAGAACGCCAUGAUCUCCCCAGCAGAUAACUCCACAUCCAAACGCCAUGC